AUGUUUCAAAUUAAUAUAAAAUACUCAUUGGAUGAUGAAAGAUGCAACACUCCUAGCAAAUCUGGAAAGAAUAAAGAAAACGAAGUUGUAGAGAGAACUGAAAUUGAUUUUGUUGAAGGAUUAUGCUUAAAAAAGGGUGGAAUGUUUGCGCAUUGGUGGAGAAUCGGUUGUGGAAAAUAUUUUAUG